AAAAGUCUGCAGCCAAAAGAGCUAGAGAGAAUGAUCCACAGCAACCAGGGCCUGAGACUGUUACAAAGGAUAAAGAGGCGGGCCUGAAUGAACCAAAAUCCGAGCCAGAUGAGAGCGAAAACGCAGAAGAAGAUGUGGAGGACGAGGACGAGAGCUCUGAGGAAGAAGACCAGUACGGUGAUCUUUUGACGGAGGACGUUGAAGAAGGGUUCCAGAAAGUGCUGCAAGCAAUAAAAACUGGAGACAAGGCUUUAUUUGAUAAGAACGUGAGGUUUUUCAAAGACCCAGAGGAAGGGGAGGUUCCCCUUACCAAAAAAGAGAAGCCUAUGUACUUGAAGGACUACCACAGAAAAGUUCUUUUAGACGGCCACGCUUUUGAAGAUGACGACGGUGAAGAACGAGAGUGGAAGGAGGGCGAGAAGCCGUAUGCAGUCCAACAGCAGGAAGACAAGAACAAGCUGCUUUCCGAGAUCCAGUCUGCGUUCAGUGACGAAGAGGGCGACGAUUUUUUGCAGAAAAAAGAGGUGCAGCGAGUGAUCAAGCCUGCGAAGUCACUUCCAGACCCACAGCAGGACGGAGAAAAGUUUUUGGAGGCAUUUUUGGAGAAAGAAGCGUGGAUUCCCGAGCAGGAGGAUUUGAGACCAGAGAUGGAAGAGGAUGACGACGAGUUUGACGAGGCGGCUGAGAAGUUUGAAAACGCAUACAAUUUCCGUUUCGAGGAUCCGAACGCCGCCGAAAUCAUCUCGUAUGCGAGAUCGCAGGCCACUAUGAGAAGAGAGAAGAUGAACAGCAGAAAGAAGCAAAGGUUAAAGAAAAAAGAGGAGCAGCUGAGGGAGGAACAAGAGAAGCAGGAGCUUUUGCGCAAGAAAAAACAGAAGAAAGCUACUCAAGUAGUGGACCGUUUGAAGGAAAUCAAGGAGGCAGUUGGCGACCAGGUUUCUGAGGAAACGAUAGCACGCGUGUUUGGCGACAGUUUAUUGAAAGAUGACUUUGACGAUGCCGAAUGGGACAGCAAAAUGGCGGAGAUUUUCAACGAGGCGUUCUAUGAGGAAGAGGGCAAGCCUGAGAAGCCUGAGGUGGAGUUGAGCGACCAGGAGGAGGAAACUGGAGAAGAAGGCGAGGUGGAAAAAGUGGAAGAAGAGGAGACGAGCGACAACAAAUCCAAGAAGUCGAAGAAGAAGGAAGACAAGAUUGUCAAAAAGAAGGAAAGGCAAAAGUUGAAGGAGGUGGCCGAGAGGCUAGUCAGUGCCAACACCCCCAAACUUCUGGAGGAAGUUGAAGAAGAACGUGGCAGAGGCAAAGAUAAAGAAGAAAUCAAGUUCAGGUACCGCGAAGUUUCUCCGGAGUCGUUUGGCCUCACCACCAGAGAGAUUCUCGUUGCAGACGAUAAGGAUUUGAAUGAGCUUAUAGGACUCAAGAAGUUUGCUCCGUACAGACCGAAGGAGCUAAGGCUAAAGGACAAGAGAAAAUAUGCCAAAAAGAAGAGACUACGUGAAUGGCGGCUGAAAGUUUUCAAGAGCGCCGAUGGACUGGCCGACGACGAGCCUGCUACCAAAAAACAUAAGGUGAAUAUUUCCGAUAAUUAAUUUGAUAAUGGGUGAGGUACAGUUAUGUGUGAUGUGCGAUUAUCUAAGCCUGCCUGCAGCGGUAAUGUGCACCAGCUUGUAUAUCAUUUUUGGCGCCCAAAUAUAUGUUAAAUUGAGAGUGACAGUCGAAAAAGUUACUCCAAUUUUAUACCGCUCUUCUAUUGGGCAUUUCGAUUUACUCCACUGGAAACUCAAGCUGGAAACUCAUUGCCAGCGCUUGACAGGCGACAACUCAGUUCAUCAGAGACUCGCAGAUGCGACCAGCCCAGCAUCUCCCGUUUGGCUUAGGAUCUUGACUCCUCAGCGCCGACGCUCAUAUUCCACCAAAGUUCAUCCAAAUCUCACAGAAUGUUGUUGCAUGAUCCCGUCGCUGCCGUCUUGCUUGAUUGGCCAUGGUGAGCAAAAACUUGGCGCUUGAAGCUAGGAGUCCAAGCUGGUUUUUGUGGCUACAUGCACGCGAAAGACCUGCUUUUAUCCUCCCGGCGAAAAUCCUAGCGCCGAUUUUCCUAAUGGGAGGAUACGUCGACGCAGCCCAUGCUGCGGAGGGGACAUAUAGAACUUUUGAAAUACUGAAGACUGAAUUUAAACGUACCUCCCCUUACAUGGAAAGGGAGAGCGCAUCUCCCCUAUGGAAGGGAAGAAGUAUAUCCCCCCUUCAGAUAGGGAGAAAUAUAAAAUGCGUUCCCCCUAUAGAAGGGGAGAAAUGCAUCCCCCCUUUCAAAUAGAGGGAAGGCAAAUUACAUGCCCUCCCUGUUUGGGGUGGGUAGCCUCUCCCCCUCCCCUAUGGUCAGGAGAGCCGCAUCCACCCCUAGUUUCGAAAGUAUACUUCCCGUCUUUCUAGUACAGGGCAGUGGUGGAACCCCAUACCGGACGACCUAUGGCAGUAUACUUUCACGGGCCUACCCCGUCGUGAUAGUAGUAGUUCAAUGUGUGGUAUAACUGGAAUCUUUGAAAACUGGAAAUAUGGGCGAAAAAAAAACGUGAUUUGGUAGCAAAACCUUAGAAAUGUCACAAGUGUAGCAAAGUGUAGAAACGUCAAAGAAGUGGAACAUCCAAUUGCUAUCCUGGUAAACGUUAUACACCGGAGGGGGCAUCCCCAGCAAAACGCACCAAGUGGACGGUUAUACUGCUGAGUUCUAUUCGUUAGCGCUAACAACGUCGUCAGCCAAUUGCUAAGCAAUUCUUCAGAGGAAUUCGAUAUCUGCUGACCUCGAUUCAAGCUUCCAGGCCGUACUUCGUGCCAAGCCUGUGCAAAGCGUCGCUCGGUAAUUAAACCCGCGCCAGCAUCUGCACACACAUUGACAGGUUCCUAGUCCUUUCAGUACCCCCGGAUCAGGUUGUAGAACCUAUCCCGUUUCUUGCAAGCCACAAUGGAUGCCCCACAAUCCAGUGUCUACGUGAAGGCACUGCAGGUACUGGACCGCUAUCCAUCUGGCUUACAAGAUCCGGUUAAUCAACGCAAUGGGCCCAAUUUAUCUUAGAUUGGACUCCAAGGCGAGGAAAACGGAGUCCUCCCAAACUAGCCAAUCUGAGAGUAUCGUCCGUGAUGAACAGAGAGCUUCCUGAAGGGGGCACAUCUGAUGUACCAAUAAU